UUUGAAGGGUUGAUACUCUACUUCCGGGUGUCAGAGCUUUAACUUGCCUGACUUGUUUUUGAAAACAGAGCAGCUGAGCGGAGCACUGCGGAUCGCUGCAGUCCUGCUCCGUCCUCUCCGGUUCUCUCACACCGACUCUCUCCUCCUCUUCCAGCCGCCGACAGCGUCUCAUCCCUCCGUCUGCGGGGGACCGCGGGAAGACCCCACAAUGUUGCGCCGCGAGUGACCGCCUCUGCAGGGUUGCCCUUGACUCGGGGAGGACUUGGACGGGGCUGAUGGAGGUGACAUUGUGACGGAGCUGGAGCGCCAGGGAUGCUGGACGGGACCUGAUCGGAACAGCAGCAGCAGAGUCCCCCCUGAGGCUCAGGGGAGGAAGUAGGGAGGCCUGAGUGGUCUCCACCUCCGGAUCAAAUCCAGCCAGACACAAGGCAAGUGUGCAUGAGCAGAUAAACAAAAGCCACCCCAGGCUGGUACGUCUGCACUGCAGAUAAGCUGCAAGCUUCCUCUUCUAAACAUGACGGGCAGCUGUGGUCUCGGACUGUGAGUUUUUGGGUUGUAGAAGCGAUGGCCGAACACGAGGAAGCGGAGUCUCUCAGGAAGGAGGAUGAGGAACCGGCCGCCAACCUCAAAUCCAAAAGUCUGCCCGUCUUAAACGAAGCAGCUCCCCAGGAGAAAACCUUACUGGACAGCUCGACCCGGAUGUCCAUAGCAGCCGAGGAGAGCUCCGAGUUCAUCCAGCUGCCGGCCCGGACCGAGUCCUUCCAGGCCGAGUCCCCGACCAGAAGCACCUACCUGCCAAAGCCCGGGAAGUCGGCUCUGAACAGGCCGAGCUCCUACGUGGACAACCCGGAGGUCCGGAGGAGUAAGUCCAGACUGGCUCAGAUCCGCCUGCUGAGCAGGAAGUACCUGCGCCUCAUCCUGCAGGACUCGCGCUGCUUCCUGUUCUGCAUGUGCUACCUGACCUUCAUCCAGUCGCUCAUGGUGUCCGGCUACCUCAGCAGCGUCAUCACCACCAUCGAGAAGCGCUACAGCCUCCGCAGCUCGGAGUCGGGCCUCCUGGUCAGCUGUUUCGACAUUGGGAGCCUCGUGGUUGUGGUCUUCAUCAGCUACUUUGGCGGUCGGGGUCAAAGGCCACGCUGGUUGGCGGUUGGCGGGAUCUUCAUUGCCAUGGGCGCCGCUCUCUUCUCCUUACCUCAUUUCAUCUCCCCAGCCUACCAGAUCCAGGAGCUGAACUCUUCCUCGGCCAACGAGGGGCUGUGCAUGAACAGCAACGCCAGCGGCAGGGACCGGGUUGACAUCACUUCCUGUCCCAGGGACCAGGACGGAAACGAGCACCGCCUGUAUGUAGCACUGUUCGUCAUCGCGCAGAUCCUGGUGGGGAUGGGGUCCACGCCCAUCUACACGCUGGGUCCCACGUACCUGGACGACAACGUGAAGAAGGAGAACGCGUCGCUCUACCUGGACAGAGAGGAGAGCCGCUCUCCCCGCCAUGUUGGCCGGCUCCCAGAACGUUUUUGUCUUCCUGGAUCCACUCGACCCGUAUCCAUUCAGCUGCUUCUGUGGCCGUUGAAUGCCAGAGUUUUUGUCUCCAGUUGACAAUCGGCGGCUGCUGGACGUCGCAGAGAGCUGCAGCAGACAGUUUG